AUGUACGAACAGAUAAAAGAUGAAGAGACGGAAUUGAAUGUGGAGACGUCAAAUCUAUCUGCUGAUGUACACUCUAUUAGAAAAGCUGCCGACUUUGAUGGAUAUAUAAGCGUAGGUGCCAGUGAAGAUGGUGACAAUUUGCUUGAAAUACCUGUUGAUGACGAUGGUAACUUGCCGAUAGCUACACUUUCACAUGCGUUUCCUGAAGCUAUCGGAUUAAAGUUCAAAAAUCUGUCCACUGGAAUUUACCGAACUUUAGCGGUAGAUGAACAGAAGCGAUGCAUUUAUCCACCAAAAGGUGGUUGGGGGACGCGACGUUAUGUAGCGAUCUUUGCCACUCCACCGGGUGAUCGAAAACGGCCAUCAAACGAUGAUAUGGGGGAUCUAGUAGGGGAAAAACGCUCUGGUUUGGAUGGUAGUCUGAAUGAAGGUUUGCGUGUACCGGUAGAUUUAAUCGUUCUCAAUCUCUCUUUCAAAACAGAUGAGGAGGCGCUCAAAAAAUUUUUCGAACAAUAUGGUGAAGUUCAGUAUGUUGAGAUCAAACGUGAUUUCAAAACUAAUAUGCCAAAAGGUUAUGGAUUCGUGAAGUUUGCCGAUAUUGAAUCUCAGGAUAAAGUACUUCGGGAUAGAGAAGUUUUCAUCGAUGGGAGAGUAACACAGGUGAAACUUCCAAAUCAUUUCUCCAGCAAGAUUCCUCAGCAGUCACCUUUUGCAAUGCCUCCAGCAUGGGAAACAAUUUCCACAAAAUUAUAUGUUGGACGUGUGUGGAAUACACUGACAGAAAAAGAUAUAUUUGAUGUCUUGGAUGCAGAAGCAAAGAAACUUUCUCCCCUUGCUAAAGUCGAACGAGUGUUCAUACCAAAGCCUCAUCGUGGUUUUGCAUUUGUGACGGUGAAUGAUCCUAAUGUGACGAAACGUUUUUGUCAAAUACGCGAUUUUAUCAUCAAGGGCAAAAGUGUAUGCGUUAGCAUCCCAACACCAAAAAAUAGUGCAAAACAAAUGCAACAUAUGCUAAAUCAAGAUGUGUAUCCUCCUCAGUAUCCCAUGCCACAACCGCCACAAAGCUCUAUGCAUUGCUAUCCUUCAAACAUGAAUUAUCCAGGUCAGUUUUCACAAAAUCAAAACUGGAUGAAUCCACGAACCACAUAUCGUAACUCCGGAACGCCAGUACCUUACUCAUAA